UUAUUUGAUCGUUUUUAUCAUCAUUAUUUAAAAUUUUUAGUGCGUUUACAGUAAAACUCAAAAGUCUUAGCUCAGAGAAAGUAGCGUGUUUGUUGAUGUUUUGUAUGUGUGGACUGAUCCUUUGGAGGCGUCGCAUACCUGUCAGACCGCACUGAGGGCAGCACAACAGGCGCGUUGUGAACAUUGCGGAAGGACUGCAUCCCGACUUCUCCCCUUCACACUUCGAGAGUCAGGAAAAGUUUAUUUUAGGAGGAACACCGUCGACUGGCAGCUCAGAAGUCACCCGCCUACGGAGGCGAGCUCUCCCCAGAAAUGGCUCAGGCUAACAUUUCAGUGACAGAGAGCCAGUUCAGGUGUCCCAUCUGCCUGGACAUCCUCAGAGACCCGGUGUCCAUCCCUUGCGGACACACCUACUGCAUGGUGUGCAUCAGCAACUACUGGGACCAGGCAGACUUGGGCCAGUUCAGCUGCCCACAGUGCCGGGACAUCUUCAGCCCUCGACCGGUGCUCCGGAGAAACACGGUGCUCGCCGAGGUCGUCGAGAAACUCAAAUUGAGCGAAAUGGUCCAUGAGCCGGAACUUUACCUGGGCGAAGCCGGCGAGGUGCCGUGUGACUUCUGUCCGACAGAGAGCAAGCUGAGGGCGGGCAAGUCGUGCCUGGUCUGCCUGGCGUCCUUCUGUGACAUCCACGUCCUGCCGCACCGCGAGGUCGGACCUCUGCGGCGGCACAAGCUGGUGGACGCGGUGGAGCGGCUGGCGGAGAAGCUGUGCGCCCAGCACCGCCUCGGUCUGGAGCCCGUGGGGAGCGGCUCCGACGCGGAGGCCGAGUGGAGCGGCGACUGCCUUCUAUGCAAGGCUGACCAGGAGGAGGAGGAGCGCAGGGCGGACACGCUGAAAGCCAGGAGACAGCUCCAGCUCCAGGAAUCCCAGAGAACGGUUCAGGGAAGGAUACGCACCGGAGAGAGGGACCUGGAAGAGCUCCAGCAGAGCUUGGAGUCCCUGAAGGUUUCGUCCGCAGCCGUUCUAGAGGAGAGUGAUGCUCUGUUCGCUGAGAUUGCUCACCGCCUGGAGAAAACUAAAACUGAGGUGGGAGCGUUGCUGGAGGCGAAGGCCCGAGCGGCGGCCAGCAGACUGGAGCGAGACAUCGCACUUCUUGAGACGGACCUGGAGGAGCUGAGGAGGAGAGACGAGGAGAUCGGCCAGCUGCUGCGAACCGAAGACAACGUCCGGCUGACACAGGCGGCCAUGCUGCUCUGCGUCCCCAUCGCCGCCAAUCGGCCCUCCGGGGCCUUCAGCCUGGCCCCAGAGGCCUUCAGCGACGCCAGGAGAGCGCUGAGCCACCUCCGCAGCUGCAUCGAGGACGUCUGCAGGGAGGAGGUCGACAGGAUCGGCCGCGCGGGUAAUGAGAACUGCGUCCCUGCCAGAGAGCUUGUAAACGGUGGCCAGAGUAACCCAGUGGGGAACUCCAAACCUCAGCGAUCCCAAUCUGUGGGGCAACAAAACAGCAGGGCUGUUCCAGUUUCGUUUCCUCUGUCCACAUUGUGCCUGCAGCCUCCUGAUCAGAGGAUGAGGGCAGCUUUACUUAGAUUUUCGUGUCGUCUCUCUUUGGAUGCCAACACAGCCUACCCGACUUUGUUUCUCCUGGAGGAGCCUCAGGGCGCCCACUGUGGCGAGGACACCCAGCCCUAUCCGCCCCACCCGCAUCGCUUUGAUUCAGUAGCUCAGGUCCUGUGCAGGGAGGGCCUGUUUGGCGCCGCCAGCUACUGGGAGGUGGAGUGGCGGGGAGGAGGAUGGGUCGACAUUGGGGUCACGUCGCUGUCAAUCGGACGCAAAGGCGGCGGAAAGCCCUGCCUGCUCGGCCGUAACGAGAACUCCUGGCGGCUGCGGUGCACGCAUACAGGCUACUCGGCGUGGCACGACAACCGCAAGACCACGGUGGCCGCCCCGCCCUGCCGGCGGAUCGGGGUUCUGCUGGAAAGACAGAAAGGGUCCUUGUCUUUCUACAGCAUGUCGGACACGGUGGUACUCCUCCACACCUUUCAGUGCCAGUUCUCCCAACCGCUGUACCCGGCUUUCCGCUUGGAUCUGGACUCCACCCUGCUCAUCUGCCCACACCUAGGAGCUAAUGCUAAUGCUAAUGCUAGCACAAUCUAAAGGUCAUUAUGCAACAGUGAUGAUCUGCCGCAGGAAAACACGAAGGAAAUAUGGCCAAAAUAAAUUAUUUUAAUUGAAUUGAAUGCCUGUUUCUGAUUUUAAUAUUUAAAAUCAGAAACCUGCUC